UCAGCAAAGAAUACUGCAAGUACGAAGCACUAGCUAGCAAACACAUCGUACGGUUAGAGAAAGUGAGGAUGGAAGGGUACUUGUUGGGGAAGAUCAAGAGGAAGGACCACCUUCUGCUGAUGGAAGGCGCCGGGGCCCCGGCGUCGGCGGCGGUGCAGUCGCCGCAGACGCCGGUGGAGCCCAUGGAGUUCCUGUCGCGAUCCUGGAGCGUGUCCGCGUCGGACAUUUCCAAGGUGCUGGCCGUCGGCGGCGGCGGGAGGCGGAGCUCCAACAACUACGUGGUCGAUCGGCUGUCCGGGAUCCUCAUGCCGGAGACGCUCGCGCUCGCCGCCGCUUCCGGCACUAACCCGAGCCCCCACAACCACAAGCGCACUUGCAGGAGCAGGAGCGCGAUCGCGGCGCACCACCACACGAUCGGCAGGUGGUUCCACCACAGGGACGGGAGCAGCAGGGUGGACAAGGCCCGUGCCGAGCGAGCGCGGGUCCAUGCCGCGGUCUCCGUGGCCAGCGUCGCGGCCGCCGUCGCCGCCGUCGCCGCGAACUCGGAGGACAAUGACAUGGAGACGAUGGAGGACGCCAAGAUGGACGCUGCGCUGGCAUCCGCCACGCAGCUUCUGGCCUCGCACUGCAUCGAGUUCGCCGAGCUCGCCGGGGCCGACCACGACCAGGUGGCCUCCGCUGUGGAGGCCGCCGUCGACGUCCGGAGCCCCGGCGAUCUUAUGACCCUCACCGCCGCCGCAGCCACAGCGCUCAGAGGAGCCACGGCGCUGAGGCUGAGAGAGCAGCGGGAGGCGAAGAGCAAAGCGGCGGUGGCGCCCUUCGACAAGUCCAGCAGCUGCGGCGGCCGCGCCGCGGACAUAUGGUGCAAGGAGGGGACCCUCCUCAAACGCAGCCGGAAAGGCGCUCUGCACUGGAAGCGCGUGGCCGUGUACGUCAACAAGAGGUCGCAGGUGAUCGUUAAGCUCAAGAGCAAGCACAUCGGCGGCGCCUUCUCCAAGAAGAAGAGGAGCGUCGUGUACGGCGUGUACGACGACGUGCCCGCGGCGCACGAGUCCGCAGGGGGCUUGCCGGACUCCGGUACGGCGGCGACGGAGGAGAAGCGCCACUUCGGGUUGAGGACGGCACAGGGCCUAGUUGUGUUCGAGUGUGAGAGCGGGAUGCAGAAGCAGGACUGGUUGGAGUCGGUGAAGAAUCUGCUCCGGCAGGUCGCCGGCGGGGCUUCUCAGCUCGAGCGAUCUUUCGAGUCGCUCAGGCUUAGCGCCUCGUAAGUCUGAAGUUUGAUUUCAGGUUUCGUGCAAAUUGGGACAUGGCCGGCCGUCCAACCCAACCGAGCGUAGAUUCUGACAAAUAAAAUGUGCAGACUUGUCAUAUGAGUGACAUACUGACAUGUAAAUGUAGUGUAAUGUUCAAAAGCACUUGAUAUAUGAACGAAGUUUAACCGACGC